UUUCAAAAAUUUAUCAAAGAUGAUAUUGGAAAAAUAACGAUUUCUGAGAUAAAUAAUCUCUUUUCUCAAAAUAAUUAUUUAAGUCUGUAUGUAAAGAUUUUGGGUGAACAUAUCUCCUCUUUAGAUACUAAACUCGACGAACUCAUUUCAUUAGUUCAUAAACUCAGUACCCAACCAAACUCUUCCAAUACUGCUUCAACUUCCCAAAUUCCUGCGACAGACGCCGGAAUCGUUCUCUCCAAACCUUGCAUUCAACGACCUCUAGAAAUCGAGGGAUUUACUAGAACCUCACCCCUAGACCAACUCGAAACCCUUCUAAAUAAAAAAUUUUCUGGACUCAAUAUCCAGCCUUUAACUAUGUCUGACGAACAUAUCCAAACGAUUGAGUCAAAUUUUGCCGAUCAUCUCGCCUCCGCUGAUCGUCCAGGCGAGAUCCUCUCUUCUGAGCUUUAUAAGCUCCGAGGACUCAUAAAACCACAAUCCGGCAAAAAAUUCGCCGACAUUCCCCGCAUGACUACUGCCUAUUAUCCUCGUCCCACUCCUCAAGAUGUUCUAAUCGAAGAACGAGAUUGGAAUCAAACAAACACUUCCUAUAGCGGCGACGCUAUUUACGAAUGGAAUAUUGAUGGUCUUUCUGAUCGCCAAAUUUCUAUUCGAAUUCAUCGUAUGUCUAUGUAUGCUACUAUUUGUCUAGCUACAAAAGCCACUGAUCGAAAUGCAAAAACUGACCAAACAAUCUGUAAAAUGAUUGUUGCUGGGUUUACUGGCCAACUCCGUGGCUGGUGGGAUAAUUUCCUAGAUGACACUAAACGCGCCGCCAUUUUUGAUGCCACCAAUGAAAAGGAGGGCAAAGAUAAUCUUGGUCGCACUCUUGCGGCAGGACGGUCUGAUGCCGUUUAUACCCUCAUGCUGACUAUUAUUGAACACUUCGGCGGAAGGUUCACUAACCAUCAUGAAAAUAUUCGCACUCUUCUUAAUGGUUUGAAAUGCCGCCAUCUUGGCGAAUUUCGUUGGUAUAAAGAUACCUUUCUUAGCCGGGUUAUGGACUUACCCGAAAGCAGAUACGAACACUGGAAAGCAAAAUUCAUUGAUGGUCUUCCUCCCCUUUUUGCUGAACGUGUCCGUAAAACUCUUCGCGGAUCUUAUGGCGAAAUCCCCUACGCGGACAAAACUUAUGGUCAAUUGAUCGUAGCCUGCACUCAAGAAGGGUUAGCCCUUUGUAACGAGUUAAAACUGGCUAGGCAGAUCAAAAUUGAUAAACUUCGCGAAAAAACUCAAUUGG